AUGACGCUCCUCGGUAAUCUCAGCCCUCCUCUCAUCCAAGAGACUUUGUCCCACCAGAUGUCUGUGUUGGAGCUCUUCCUUCCUGGUUUCUCAAGUAUCACCAGUACUGCCAGUCAGGUCCUGAAUGGAAAAAUGUCCGGCUACACACAGCUAAUGUGCUUCUUUGCACUGGCUGCGUUGUUGAAACCAUAUCUAUCUCGAUUCAAAGAUUGGUUCAUUAAUCACUUCGGACCCGGGCUCACCUCUACAAGCAUCGACUCUCCAGAUCAAACGCUCUGA